UCACGAUGAUAUUGCAUUGACUGCGCACUCCCGUGCCGCCCUAGACGCCGGAGAGAGUAGCGGCUCCCCCUUGCUGAGACAGGAAUAAAUGCUGCUUUCGAACUUCGCUGCGAGUGACGCAAUACCUGUUCGCCGCACCACGACCGCAGCAGUCCGCUGAAGGUCUAUGUACUGACCCCACCGCAUGGCCGCCCCAGCAGACCACCUCUCCAAGGUGGUGCCCGCCCAGCUUGCGUUUCUCGGAAUCUAUAAUCCCUCGCUCGGCACCACCGAUGAUACCUUCCGCGAUCAGGUCGUCUUCUACUACUCCAAGGCGGCAAAGGGGAGGGCAAAGGGCAGCGGGAAGCAGGCAGAGGCAGAACACGAUCGCCAACUUCGCGAGGAUGAGAAUGAGAAGUUGCGGCAGAUCGGGCUUGCGCAGGGCAUGGUGGAUUUUGCGCGGAGUUUCUCCAACGGCGAAGCGGUUGACCAUGUGGAAACCGAGAAGGCUAGGAUCGUGAUGCAUGAGCUAGAGGAUGGGUGGUGGAUACUAGCUUCUGUCGACCUCACCCAACUCCCAUCCAAUACUCCUCCACCCGCUAAAGGCACUACUGCCUCUACACCAUCUGUAGAAUAUUCGUCGCGGGAGGUCAGCCCUCCGACAUUGCUCCUCCAACACCUGAAGAGAGCUCAUUCUGUAUUCCUCCUGCAUCAUGGAACGUCACUUGACGAGGUCUAUGUCAAGAUGGACCGCGCUAAGUUCUGCCAUAUCCUGGAUAAGUUCUGGACCAAGUUCGCCAACAACUGGGAUGUUAUGCUCCAUGGAAGCCCUGCUGUGGAUGUGUUCGGCGGCCUCAAGCUGGCGGCGGGUGGAGAACUUGGCAUGGGAGUUGGAGAAGAAGAGUGGGGAAGUGGUGAGCGGGAGGUACUGGAAGACUAUGCGGGGAGAACCGAGGGGCUAGUGGACUUGAUGGUGUCUCGUUUCGGGGAGCCCUCAGCAGUGCAACAACUGGAUCCGAGGACGGCCACGGGCAGUAAAAAGCUAGUUGAUAUGACCCCGGAGGCUGAGCCGUGGAUGGGAAGCGGUCGGUACACUGGUGCGUCUGACGGCGUAGUAUUCUCUGGAGUUGGAGCCAUCUCUCGAGCCUCGCUGAAGGACAUCUCUCACUGGGUGGAGUGGAUUUAUGCCCAUGGAGAGUACACAUAUGGAGUGAAGGAUAGCCCAACGUCAGACCGGAGAAAAAGGCGCAGAAAGGGCCCCAAGGCUGCUUCCAAAUCUCCAUCACCAGAAGCUUCUCGAAGGCAAGACGCGCCAUCCGCUAACGCCCCGAAACGAUCUGCUGCUGUUAAGAACGAAUCUUAUCGGCCUGGAAUUCCACCGCCAAUAGUUUCUGCUGCGGAAUCCUCUUUAGCAAAGGCAUCAUCUAGUAUUGAUGCUCAGAAUACCGAAAUGCGGGCCCCGGAAUCCAUAAAAGCUUCUCUAGGUGAUUCUGAGACUUGGGUGAAGUAUCUCACUCUUGGCUAUGGGACAACAUGGGGAGGCAGCCGGCCUCAAGCCUCUCGGCAGGUGUCGCAGCAAUACGGGGACAGCGAAACCGAUGACGCGCGGAGCCAGAUGGGAGAGACUAGGAUGCGAAAUAUUGACCCCGAUCCUGAUGUUGACCACGCUGAAGAAAGACGGAAGUGUCAAAUCCAUCAGGAGAAUACUGGAUACUUCAUAGUUGGCCUGAAAGGAGAUAUGGAUAACGAGGACGAAGAUGAAGAUGCAGAUGAUGAGCCUAAUUGGAACAACAGGAUACCGAUUCGUACACUUCAAGUCGAGCUUAACAAGGACGCAUUAGCCGAAUUUCCCGUCGAGGCCACCGAUCCGUUCUCUCCAAUUUCUUCCCGCAGCCAAUUAAUAGAAACUCCCCCAGUAUCAGACCCGAAGCACACCAGGCUCCGAGUUAUUGUCUAUGUGCACCGUCCCUUUGUUUACACCUUCCUCUUCGACCAUCGCACUGAAUCCCUCACGCUCGCCCCAUUCUACCGAAAUCUGCACACUUACUUCUCCCCUUUACAUCGCCCGCUCUCCAAUUCUACCGCACCUUCUCGCGUCGCCGCCCGCAUCGACGCUGCUAGCUCCCCUUAUACCACCACUGCCUCAAACACUUCAAACACGAGCCCCAUCUUUGACCUCGUCUACGACCCGCGCACUCUGACUGUCCACUCUUCCUUACCCAACAUCCCCGAGCCCGGAUCCCUCAGCGCUGAAGGUCUCACCGGCAACUGGAGCCGUAUCGACGCCCUGAACGUUCACGCCCAGAUCCUCAGCACGGUCUCUAGCACCUGCCGUUCCACUACCGAGAUUGAGCGUACCUGCAAGACCGGCCGCGGGUGGUGGGUCGUGUGGAUGCGGCUCCCGCCUUCCCACUCGCAGGACGCCGUGCGCCUCAAGGAGCGCCAGACUAGCCUCAAGCCGUCGGAAACGGAUACCGAGCAGACCGAGUUCGAUGCUUGCGACUUGCGGGAAGCGUUUUUGGUUCGCCGUGCGAGGGAUGCGGGCGUGGUCGGGAAGCCAAGCGGAGCAGCGGGGCGGAUGGGAACUGCAAUGUGGAAAGGUUUUGGAGGUGGAGGAGGGGGGAGCACAGCGGAGAAG